AUGUGGGAUUGGUUUUGGAAGAGGCGCGCCGCCACCGACGAGAAGAACCUGUUGCGACGCAUCGCCGACGGAAAGAUCACCAAAGGUCCGCCGCGGAAGCGGUGGGGCGCCCCUCGUUAUCAGGAGAAGACCGUGACCCUGCCUAUCCUGGGAGCGCUCCCGAAGCGGGACUUGACGGAUGCGGAGAUCCUGAUGUUGGGCGACAUACGGAGGGGCGCGAUGGAUUCCGAUCGGGCGACGGACGAGAACCUGGCGGCGUUCAGAGCACUGAGCCGCAUGGACGUGGACGCGGGGGAGAUCGCUCGUACCCGCCCCAUCAUCACGCGACGCAAGUACUACUCCCCCGGCAUUCCGGCCGCGGAUCAGGGGACGUACAUGAGCAAGGUGACGUACGCAGCAGACGGUAUCCUCGGCCGCUAUUGGGAUUCGAGGAACAAGGUCGAGUAUCGCAGAGGGAGGGUGAUCGGAGACGGCCCAUUGUUCCAGAACUACUUGAACGAUGGCUUCGCGUCCUACCUGCGUGGCUCGAAGAAGCCGUUGUAUGUCAUGGUAGUGACCGAGGGGCAUAUCGGGUGCAUGCUCAUCACGGCGUUCGCGUCCUCCGUCGCCGUGUACCUAUGCAUCGAAGCCUUCAAUCUCGCACCCGCCGACGUCUACGAUGUGACGAGCGGCAUCCGCGACGCGUUCCGAUCUCGGCGGCACUCGCUGUACCAGAUGAUUAUGCAGGUUCCCGUACGCGAGUCGGAGUACGAUCAGGCGAGACUGUUCAUGCGCGCAUCCGGAGGGACCGUCACGGAGUCCGUGGUGAGCGCAUUUCCGAACGGACGGAUCGCGAACGAAGGAACGGACGCACGGGUACAGAAGGAUGCAUUCGACUUGCACUGUCAGACGUGGAUCGUCUUACGGCGGUGCCCGCGUCUUGAAGCCGGGCAUCGUGCCCGGGUGGGAGAAUCGCUCCUGGUUGUGGUCGGAAGGUCGACCUGA